GCCUUUCAGAGAAAGAUCUCAGGAGUUCCCCGGGAAGUAAGUUUAGGGAGGUGGGUUAAUACUAAGAGGUCCAGCUCCGGAAGGACGGACCCCUGACACCGGUUCUGAGACCUGGUGAGACUGGUUGUAUAUCCAGACAAGCGCAGGCCAAGUGCAAGCAUCACUGUAGUUUGCUGCUUCUUCUUCUGAGCCGUUCUACUUGUCCAAAUCCAUAUUCUUAACAGUUCGUGUUUACCUGUAGUUAAAUCCUUGUGUUAAAAAGUAUCCAUCAAGGUUAAACCCUUAUUUUUCAUUGACGACAUUUUCAAGGCAGUGGUAACAUAAAAUGCCUUACUGCAAAGAAAGCUUUGUAGGAAAACUUUUCCGUCAGAAAUCCACUUCCUUUUUUAUUUGUUUAAAACCUUAUUUGUACAACGACUACUUCCAAAGUAACCUUGCACCUUUAAGACUGUGUAUAUACACAUUGUGGUAGAAAUGGAGAAAGCCCAUAUUGUUAACAUGGUUUUACCUUUUUAACGGAAAUCUUAAUGUCUCCCUAGGUUCUCACUUUAUUCUCUGUUAAAUGCAUUUGAUAUUUUUAAGUAGAAGUUUUACUCUAAUUUUUAUUUCUCUUAUAACCCCUUCCCCUACAGGAAAGCGACGGCAUGUGUUUUCUUUCAAAUUUAGAAGCGACGUAUGUGUGUGUGUGAUCUUGACAACUUUAAAGCCAUUUGAAAGUGUUUCAGUGGCUAGGAAAAUGAAUAACAGAGCAGGUUCCUUUUUAUGGAACCUCAGACAAUUCAGUACUUUAGUUCCAACAAGCAGAACUGUGAGGCUGUAUCCUUCAGGAUUUUGCAGACCAAAAAUGGUUUAUUCAAACUGGAACCCAAGAAAGCUCUUGAGUAACUUUGAUAAUAGAAUGCAGUCAUUUGUUAGAUACCUUUUUCAGGAUGCCUUAAUUUUUAAAUCAGGAGGUGAUGGCUUUCAAACAAAGAGCAUAAGCACUGCAACAGUCCUUACAGUUGACAGACUACUUUGUCCUAGAAGACUGUCCUUUAACUCAAAACACUUUGUCUCUGAUAAUGGAUUGAAGAAAAACUUUCAUCAUGAGCCUUCCAAUGAAGAUGUUCUCACCAAGAGAACAAAACCAACCCCGAUCAACUGUAGAAAACUGUCUCAGGAGUGUAAUUCCCUGAGUGAUGUGUUAGAUAUAUUUUCCAAAGCACCUACAUUUCCUAGUAGUAACUAUUUCUCAGCCAUGUGGACAAUUGCCAAAAGGAUGUCCGAUGACCAGAAGCGCUUUGAAAAACAAUUGAUGUUUAACCACCCUGUGUUUAGCCAGCUGUGUGAACAAAUUAUGAGAGAAGCCAAGAUCAUGCACUACGACAACCUGCUGUUUAGUCUUCAUGCUAUGGUGAAGCUCGAGAUUCCUCAGAAUACGCUACUCGUACAGACUUUGCUGAGGGUGGUCCAGGAACGUAUCAAUGAGUGUGAUGAGAAAUGUCUUUCAGUUUUGUCAACUAUCUUAGAGGCAAUGGAGCCAUGCAAGAAUGUGGAUGUUCUUCGAGCAGGAUUGCGGAUGCUAGUUGAUCAGCAAGUUUGGAAAAUAGAACGUGUCUUCACAUUACAAACUGUAAUGAAAUGUAUUGGAAAAGAUGCACCGAUUGGUCUUAAAAGGAAAUUGGAGAUGAAAGCCUUGAAAGAAUUAGACCAAUUUUCUGUUUUGAAUAGCCAGCACAUGUUUGCAGUACUGGCCGCCAUGAAUCACCGCUCCAUUAUCCUUUUGAAUGAGUGCAGUAAGAUAGUCACAAGUAAUAUCCAUGGGUGUCCUUUUAAAAUAUUGAUCAGCAUAUUGCAGUCUUGCAGAGACCUCCAGUACUUUAACAUAGAUCUUUUUAAGGGAAUAGCAGAUUAUGUGGCUGCAACUUUUGACAUCUGGAAAUUGAAAAAAGUUCUUUUUCUCCUCAUCUUAUUUGAAAACUUUGGCUUUCGACCUGUUAGUUUGAUGGACUUGUUUAUGAAGAAAGCAACAGAUGAACCUGGCUUCCUAAACGUGAAAAGCCUUGUCUCUAUUCUUCAUGUGUAUUCUUCUCUCAAUCACUUCCACAAAUGCUGGACUCACGAGUUCCUAGAAGUUAUGGCUAGUGCUCUGACUGGUAGUCUUCACCACAUCUCUGCUGAAAACCUGUUGAAUGCUGUGUGUUCGUUUUGCUUGAUGAACCAUUUUCCCCUGGCCCCUAUUAAUCAGCUUCUUCAAAAGGACAUCAUCCAUGAUCUGCUGACGUCAGGUGAUGUGGAGAGGAAUGUUCACAAGCUUCAUGUUUUGGCUGCCUGUCUAAAACUUGAUGCUCCUUGUCACAGGGACACGCACUUAGUGCUGCCACAGCUGCCCUCCAUGCCAUUACAUCCACAUGCAAAGGUUGCCGAGGUGCUGAGUAGCCUUCUGGGAGAAGGAUGCUUCUCAAGAAGUGUAUGGUUGCCACAUAAUUAUUAUAUUGAUUUUGAAAUCAGAAUGGAUGCUAACAGGAGCCAAGUGCUUCCAUUUUCUGACGUGGAUGUGGUAACUUCUUCUGCUACAAAUAUUCAAAGAGUAGCUGUACUCUGUGUUCCUAGAUCUAUGUACUGUUUGGAUUCAACCCACCCCAGAGGAUUCCUUGCUAUGAAAAUGCGGCAUUUGAAAGUAAUGGGUUUUCAUGUGAUCUUGGUCAAUAAUUGGGAGAUGGAAAAACUAGAGAUGAAGGAUGCAGUCACAUUUUUGAAGACUAAAAUCUAUUCACCGGAAGCACUUUCUACUGCUGAUAUAGAUUUGCAAAGCAUAUGUUAAAGUAAAAGGCAACCUUUUAAUGUUAUUAGACAUAAAUUUAUAAAAAUAACUUUAAUAAAGACUACAAUUCAGUUGUCGGUG